ACACAGGGACAUCACCCUACAGCAGUUCAGGCUGUGUGGUUCGCAGGAAGCAUACACUGGCUUUUUGAUUCUUGCUAGUUCCCAGCUCACAGUUUGGGAGGAUCCAACACCAACCUUUACGUGAAGUGGGGGCCCAAGGACAGUGAGGAGCUGGGUGGUCCCAGCCUGGAGCUCUGCCAGCCUGACAUGGAAAUGGAGGCAAACGACCAUUUUAACUUUACUGGCCUUCCCCCUGCACCUGCUGCCUCAGGACUGAAACCCUCUCCUUCCUCAGGGGAGGGCCUCUACACUAACGGGUCUCCCAUGAACUUCCCCCAGCAAGGGAAAAGUUUGAAUGGGGAUGUGAAUGUUAAUGGCUUAUCUACUGUAUCUCACACUACUACUUCAGGGAUUUUGAACUCUGCUCCCCACUCCUCCAGCACCUCACACCUCCAUCACCCCAGCGUGGCCUACGACUGUCUCUGGAACUACUCACAGUACCCAUCUGCCAAUCCUGGCAGCAACCUCAAGGACCCACCCCUUCUCUCCCAGUUCUCGGGGACACAAUACCCACUCAACGGCAUCCUUGGGGGCAGCCGGCAACCUUCAUCCCCAAGUCACAACACUAACCUUCGGGCUGGGAGCCAAGAGUUCUGGGCCAACGGUACCCAGAGUCCCAUGGGGCUUAACUUUGAUUCACAAGAACUAUAUGAUUCCUUUCCUGACCAGAAUUUUGAGGUGAUGCCCAAUGGACCCCCUAGUUUUUUCACCUCCCCACAGACUUCUCCUAUGUUGGGAUCUAGCAUUCAAACCUUUGCACCCUCUCAGGAGGUAGGCAGUGGUAUCCAUCCUGAUGAGGCAGCAGAAAAGGAGAUGACUUCAGUUGUGUCAGAGAAUGGCACUGGCUUGGUAGGCAGCCUGGAGCUGGAAGAACAGCCAGAACUGAAGAUGUGUGGCUACAAUGGCUCUGUCCCUUCUGUGGAAUCGUUACACCAAGAGGUCUCAGUCCUGGUCCCUGACCCCACAGUGAGCUGUUUAGAUGAUCCUUCACAUCUUCCUGAUCAACUGGAAGACACUCCAAUCCUCAGUGAAGACUCUCUGGAGCCCUUCAACUCUCUGGCACCAGAGCCAGUGAGUGGAGGACUAUAUGGUAUUGAUGACACGGAGCUGAUGGGUGCAGAGGACAAGCUGCCUCUUGAGGACAGCCCUGUGAUUUCUGCCCUUGAUUGCCCUUCCCUCAAUAAUGCUACUGCCUUCAGUCUCCUGGCAGAUGAUAGUCAAACAUCAACCUCUAUCUUUGCCAGUCCCACCUCUCCACCUGUCCUAGGGGAGUCUGUCCUGCAAGAUAACAGCUUUGACCUGAAUAAUGGUAGUGACACUGAACAGGAAGAAAUGGAAUCUCAAUCUUCAGACUUCCCACCAUCCCUGACCCAGCCAGCUCCUGAUCAGUCAUCCACUAUUCAGCUACAUCCAGCAACCUCACCAGCAGUCUCGCCAACAACCUCCCCAGCAGUCUCCCUAGUGGUUUCUCCAGCAGCCUCCCCAGAAAUCUCUCCAGAAGUUUGUCCCGCAGCUUCUACACUUGUCCCUCCAGCAGUCUUCUCAGUGGUCUCUCCAGCUUCCUCAGCAGUCUCCUCAGAAGUCCCCUUGACGGCUUCAGUGACAUCCCCAAAAGCCUCUCCCGUAACUUCCCCAGCAGCUGCCUUUCCAACAGCCUCCCCAGCAAAUAAGGAUGUCAGCAGCUUUCUAGAAACCACUGCUGACCUGGAAGAGAUCACAGGAGAAGGACUCACUACUUCUGGUAGUGGUGAUGUCAUGAGGAGACGUAUUGCUACCCCAGAAGAAGUUCGUCUUCCCCUCCAACAUGGGUGGCGGAGAGAGGUGCGCAUCAAGAAGGGCAGCCACCGAUGGCAGGGGGAGACCUGGUAUUAUGGCCCCUGUGGGAAGAGGAUGAAGCAAUUUCCAGAAGUGAUCAAGUACCUGAGCCGCAACGUGGUACACAGUGUCCGCCGUGAGCACUUCAGCUUCAGUCCCCGUAUGCCUGUUGGAGAUUUCUUUGAAGAAAGAGACACGCCAGAGGGCUUGCAGUGGGUGCAGCUCUCAGCAGAGGAGAUCCCGUCGAGGAUUCAGGCAAUUACUGGCAAACGGGGUCGACCUCGAAACACUGAGAAGGCUAAGACUAAGGAAGUCCCCAAGGUGAAACGGGGUCGAGGUCGGCCACCUAAGGUCAAAAUCACUGAGCUAUUGAACAAGACAGACAACCGCCCCCUAAAGAAACUGGAGGCCCAAGAAACAUUGAAUGAGGAGGAUAAAGCAAAGAUUGCUAAAAGCAAGAAGAAGAUGAGGCAGAAGGUUCAACGGGGAGAGUGUCAGAGUACUAUCCAAGGGCAGGCCAGAAAUAAGCGGAAACAAGAGACCAAGAGCUUAAAGCAGAAGGAAGCUAAGAAGAAAUCCAAGGCUGAGAAAGAAAAGGGAAAGACAAAGCAGGAAAAACUGAAGGAAAAAGUCAAGAGGGAAAAGAAGGAGAAGGUAAAAAUGAAGGAAAAGGAGGAGGUGACCAAAGCCAAGCCAGCCUGCAAAGCAGAUAAGACCCUGGCCACACAGAGGCGCUUGGAGGAACGGCAGAGGCAACAGAUGAUCUUGGAGGAAAUGAAGAAGCCCACAGAGGAUAUGUGUCUGACUGACCACCAGCCCCUGCCUGACUUCUCACGAGUCCCUGGUCUGACAUUGCCCAGUGGAGCCUUCUCAGACUGCUUGACCAUUGUGGAGUUCCUGCAUAGCUUUGGCAAGGUGCUGGGCUUUGAUCCUGCCAAAGAUGUGCCUAGCCUGGGGGUCCUGCAGGAGGGACUCCUGUGUCAAGGUGACAGCUUGGGUGAGGUGCAAGACCUGCUGGUGAGGCUGCUGAAGGCUGCACUCCAUGAUCCUGGCUUGCCCUCCUACUGUCAGUCCCUAAAGAUCUUGGGGGAGAAGGUGUCUGAGAUCCCACUGACAAGAGACAAUGUGUCGGAGAUCCUGCGCUGCUUCCUUAUGGCAUACGGAGUAGAGCCAGCCCUCUGUGACCGCCUGCGCACCCAGCCUUUUCAGGCCCAGCCACCCCAGCAGAAGGCUGCUGUCCUGGCCUUCCUUGUGCAUGAGCUCAAUGGCUCCACCCUCAUCAUCAAUGAGAUUGACAAGACUCUGGAGAGUAUGUCCAGCUACAGGAAAAACAAGUGGAUUGUUGAAGGCCGGCUCCGGAGGCUGAAAACUGUUCUGGCCAAGCGAACUGGGCGGUCUGAAAUAGAGAUGGAAGGGCCAGAGGAAUGCCUGGGACGGAGGCGCAGUUCUCGGAUCAUGGAGGAGACCAGUGGCAUGGAAGAAGAGGAAGAAGAGGAGUCUAUAGCAGCUGUCCAUGGCCGCAGGGGUCGAAGAGAUGGAGAGGUUGAUGCCACAGCAUCUAGCAUCCCAGAGCUAGAGCGCCAGAUAGAAAAACUCAGUAAGCGUCAGCUUUUCUUUCGCAAAAAGCUGCUUCACUCAUCCCAGAUGCUUCGGGCGGUCUCCCUGGGUCAGGACCGCUACAGACGUCGCUACUGGGUAUUGCCGUAUUUGGCUGGUAUCUUUGUAGAAGGAACAGAGGGGAACUUAGUUCCUGAGGAUGUGAUAAAGAAGGAAACUGACUCCUUAAAAGUGGCAGCCCAUGCAUCACUCAACCCUGCCCUCUUCUCUAUGAAGAUGGAGUUAGCUGGCUCCAACACCACUGCCAAUUCUCCUGCCCGGGCCCGAGGCCGACCUCGAAAAACUAAGCCUGGGUCUAUGCAACCCAGGCAUCUUAAGUCGCCUGUCAGGGGUCAGGAUUCAGAACAGCCCCAGGCCCAGCUUCAGCCUGAGGCUCAGCUUCAUGCUCUUGCCCAGCCCCAGCCUCAGCUUCAGCUUCAGCUUCAGUCCCAUCCUCAGUCCCAUAAGGGGUUCCUGGAGCAAGAAGGCUCCCCUUUGUCACUGGGUCAGAGCCAGCAUGACCUCAGCCAGUCAGCCUUCCUGUCUUGGCUGAGCCAGACUCAGAGCCAUAGCUCCCUGUUGAGCAGCUCAGUCCUCACGCCUGAUAGCAGUCCGGGAAAACUAGACCCAGCUCCAUCACAGCCCCCGGAGGAGCCAGAGCCCGAUGAGGCAGAAUCCAGCCCUGAUCCUCAAGCACUCUGGUUUAACAUCUCAGCCCAGAUGCCCUGCAAUGCUGCCCCUACACCGCCCCCUGCAGUUUCUGAGGACCAACCCACUCCCUCCCCUCAGCAGCUUGCCUCCUCCAAGCCAAUGAAUAGACCCAGUGCUGCCAACCGUUGUUCUCCAGUGCAGUUCUCUUCCACACCCUUGGCUGGGUUGGCCCCUAAGAGGCGAGCAGGAGACCCUGGAGAAAUGCCACAGAGUCCCACAGGGCUGGGACAGCCCAAACGGAGAGGGAGACCUCCCAGUAAGUUCUUCAAACAGAUGGAACAGCGUUACCUAACCCAGCUGACAGCCCAGCCUGUCCCACCUGAGAUGUGCUCAGGCUGGUGGUGGAUACGAGAUCCUGAGACGUUGGAUGCCAUGCUCAAGGCCUUACAUCCCCGAGGUAUCCGGGAGAAGGCACUUCACAAACACCUUAACAAGCACAAGGACUUCUUGCAGGAAGUCUGCCUGCGGCCCUCAGCUGACCCCAUCUUUGAGCCCAGGCAACUACCUGCCUUUCAAGAAGGGAUUAUGAGCUGGUCCCCCAAAGAGAAGACAUAUGAGACAGACCUAGCAGUGCUUCAAUGGGUAGAGGAGCUGGAGCAGCGGGUUAUCAUGUCUGAUCUGCAGAUUCGGGGCUGGACAUGUCCUAGCCCAGACUCUACCCGUGAAGACUUGGCCUACUGUGAGCACCUCUCCGACUCCCAGGAGGAUAUCACCUGGCGAGGUCGGGGCAGGGAAGGACUGGCACCUCAGCGUAAAACUACCAACCCUUUGGACCUGGCUGUGAUGCGGCUGGCUGCCCUGGAACAGAAUGUAGAACGGCGGUACCUGCGGGAGCCCCUCUGGCCAACUCAUGAGGUUGUGCUGGAGAAGGCCCUGCUUAGCACACCUAAUGGUGCCCCUGAGGGCACCACUACAGAGAUAUCAUACGAGAUCACCCCUCGCAUUCGUGUCUGGCGCCAGACCCUCGAGCGGUGCCGGAGCGCAGCCCAGGUGUGCUUGUGCCUGGGCCAGCUGGAGAGGUCCAUUGCCUGGGAGAAGUCUGUCAACAAAGUGACAUGUCUAGUCUGCCGGAAGGGUGACAACGAUGAGUUUCUUCUGCUUUGUGAUGGAUGUGACCGUGGCUGCCACAUUUACUGCCAUCGUCCCAAGAUGGAGGCUGUCCCAGAAGGAGAUUGGUUCUGUACUGUCUGUCUGGCUCAGCAGGUGGAGGGAGAAUUCACUCAGAAGCCUGGUUUCCCAAAGCGUGGCCAGAAGCGGAAAAGUGGUUAUUCGCUCAACUUCUCAGAGGGUGAUGGCCGCCGACGCCGGGUACUGUUGAGGGGCCGAGAAAGCCCUGCAGCAGGGCUUCGGUACUCGGAAGAAGGGCUGUCCCCCUCCAAGCGGCGGCGACUCUCAAUGCGGAACCACCACAGUGAUCUCACAUUUUGCGAGAUUAUCCUGAUGGAGAUGGAGUCCCAUGAUGCAGCCUGGCCUUUCCUAGAGCCUGUGAACCCACGUCUGGUGAGUGGGUACCGGCGCAUCAUCAAAAAUCCUAUGGAUUUUUCCACCAUGCGGGAGCGGCUGCUCAGGGGAGGGUACACCAGCUCAGAGGAGUUUGCGGCUGAUGCCCUCCUGGUAUUUGACAACUGCCAGACUUUCAACGAGGAUGACUCUGAAGUAGGCAAGGCUGGGCACAUCAUGCGCCGCUUCUUCGAGAGCCGCUGGGAGGAGUUUUAUCAGGGAAAACAGGCCAAUCUGUGAGGCAAGGGAGGUGGGGAGUCACCUUGUGGCAUCUCCCCCCACCUUCCAAACAAAAACCUGCCAUUUUCACCUGCUGAUGGUGCCCUGGGUCCAGACUCAAGUCAGAUACAACCCUGAUUUUUGACCUUGCCCUUGGCAGCGCCCCACAUCCUCUUAUUCCUAUAUCCCUUUCUCCCUUUCCUCCUCUUGCUCCUCAGUAAGAGGUGCAGAGAUGAGGUCCUUCUGGACUAAAAGCCAAAAAAAGAAAGAAAAAAAUAAUUUUUCUUUUCUGUUUUAUUUGCUAAUUAAAAAUGGGGAGGGGGAAAGAAGUCCCUACUUCCUCCUCCCUGCUUCCUCUCCUCCCCUGUACGUGCCCCAGCAUUCUGGGGUUAUUUAACAAUAGCAAUAGUUCUAGUGAAUGUGUGAAACCAAGAAACACUCUGUACUGUGUGCGGACCCGCAGUGACGGCCAGUAAAGUGGACUUAACUCCCAAGUGUGUCGCGCCGGACACCGGGCCCUGGACAUGCUGCUUCCAUGUUCAGUCCCUUCCCUGCUUCUCGCUGUCUGUUUUUCUUUUCCCACCUCCCAACCCCCAGUUUUCAGAUUUUCUCUCAUCCAAUAAUGUAAAACUAUCGUGUACGGGUUCCUCCCUCCUUUUCUCUUCUCCCAAAUCUUUUCCCUUCAAAGGAAAAAAAAAAACGUUCAGAGGUCCCUGUCUUCUGUCCCCAUCUUCCUGCCGAUAGCUAUCCCCUGUAUGACGUUGGAUGCUCCUCAUAUGCUGAGUUUCCAGCCUUUUCUGAAACUCAGUAGCUGGGGAGAGGGCAGGGAGGCUUCCUGGGCCUUCCAGCCUCCUUCCCCACCUCCUUCCCAAACCCUCUUGGGAACUCCUCAGGGACAACUACUGCUGAGUUUGGGUGCACCCCAAGAUGGAGGCCAGGUAGCAAUGGGGCCGGCCUCAGAGCGCGCUGUGUGUGAGUGUGUGUGUGUGUGAGAGAAGAUGCUGUGCUUGUGACCCUGUAUUGUUUGAUAGGAUCCAUUCAGUUUCCCCAAGUAUCUGUUUUCACUCUCAUUUUUCCGAUUGUUUAAAACCAUCACUUUUUUGUCUUUGGGAAACCACAGGAACAAUUUCUCUGGAGACAAGGCUGUGUCUCUCUCCUGGUCAUUUUUGUUCCAGCCUCUUCAGACUGUGCAAUCUUUCAGCAGGAACUCCCUCUCCUCUCGGUAGCUCUGAAUCUUAAGCUUCUACGGGAGAGUGGUAGAACUGGAUCAUUUCCUAAUCCCAUUUAGUUGUGCUUUUCUUCAUUUACUUCAUACCCCAGGACCCCUUCCCCAGCAGCAGAGACCCUGGAGCACAGGAGAGUAGGGAGGAGUAGUUCUGGGUCCAUCACUGCCCUACAUGUGACUAUGUCCAAGUUAAGCCCCCAACAUGAGAGGAAAGCUGCUGACUCCCAGCUAUAGCCAUGGGCGCUUGGCCCCUGCUUUUCCUGCUCAGCAGAGCCCCUCCCUUCAGAGAUUACGGGUACUUGCACUGGGGAGGUGGCUGCUGGCUGGCCCAAGCAGAGAGCUGAGGCAUCCAAGAAAUGUUCCAUUGGGGGUGGGGGUGCCAGGUGAGGUGGAACAUUCCUUGUAUUCUGGCAGCACUGAAGAGCCACUGAAGGGGGUAGGGGCAGUGUAGGUCCUGGGGCAGCCCCUUUAUUCCUUUAUGCCCCUUCUCCCCCAUAGCCUAUUUCUAAAGUCGCCUUUUCUGUCAGAUAAACCUCAAAACUUUUAAUUUUAUUUGAGAUUUUUUUUUGCUUUUAAGAGGUGGAUUGAAGAAUAUUUGAAUUGACUUUAUAUUAUGCAUAAAUAUUUAUAUUUUAUCUAAAUAACUGCGCUGUAACAAACUUUGUGUUAGACAGUUGAAACUGUUAGAGUUGGGGGCUCUGCUUUUUCCCCCCUGGCAAUUUUCCCCUGGUAUAAGAUGUGCUAGAUUAAUUUCAUUGUUGGAGGUGAGGUGGAUGGGGGAGUGAAAUCUCCAUGGUUCCUGCUUUGUGUUUCUCUCCCAGCUCCAUCUCUUUCCCUAGGGACCAGACACUCACUCAUAUGGCGGGGUGGGGUCCUAGCUUCAGUUUGAAGAAGUGGGGGCUGGAGCAGGGUUGGGGGUGGUAGGGAUAGGGCAUGAUCAAAGGGGCCAUUUCUUGGUUUUCUUUCCUCAUCUUCACUGCCCCCUUGAGCUAGGUGGAUUUUCUCUUCAUGACAAGAGUAUUUGGUAGGGAAAGCAGGUUUAAAAUAAAAAGACAACCCACCCCCUGCCCAUUUGCUUCCCUCCCAUCAGUCUGAUUGACAGGAAGAAACCACAUCAUCAACACCAACAAGUUUCUGUGUUCCUUUUACAGCAAAAGGGACUUUUUAUAUAACCAAAUGUGGUGUUUUAGUGACUUUUUGAUAAUGUACAGUUUUUUGUGAAUUUAAAUUUAUUUCUUUCUAUAUUUUUAGGACCAAUCUCAUUUUUAAUAAGGUUAAAAAGAAAAAAAAGUCUAGCGAAAAAACUCCUGUUUUUGCCAUGUGAUGUUCCACAAGUGCAGCUGUAGAAAAGUGCUUGUCAGUUGAAUAAAAAAACCACAUUUGAUAGAGA